AAAAAAUGUUCAAAUUUACUGGAAAAAUAUGCUUCACAUUAUUGACAUUAUCGUUCAGCACGACAACAAAGUUCCUAUCUCACAUCUGGUUGGCACUGUUACUGUUUUGAUUUUAACUUUUGGAAAAAUAUGUAAUUGUACCACCAAACCUAGCUAGACCUAUAAUUUAUUAAUACAUAUCACUUAUCAAUGUAUCAAUACUAUCUUUCAUAUGAUAAAUAUAAAUGAAUCCAAAAAAAAAUAUGCUUUGCCAAAGCCUGUCUCAGUUUUUUUAAGCCCUACUAAGCCUACUAGUACUAGUCUAGCCUAGUCUAGGGCCACACAAAUUUUAGGCCAAGUUAAGCUAGUUAGGCUAUUCAUAUUUUAAUUAUUUUUUUAAUCAUGAAAUUGAUUAGGCCUACAUAAAGUUGCAUCAUCAUAUGCCUAAGUUUCAACAGCCUAAAACUGAAUUAAUAUAAGUAUAGUAUAGUAUACUUAUAAAACUAAAACACUUUACUUUGCUGCUGCAGCUCAGAGAAACCCCCAAAUUUUGUCUCAUAAUCCUCUCUUUAUCUCUCUCUCUCAUAAACAGUGUCACAGUCACAAUAUGUGAGUGACUGCAUUGGCAUUUUGCCAAUUAAAAAAUUUUUAAAUGCAGGCUAAAUAUAAUAAUAUACACAAUAUUUGUAAUUAGUUUCAGUUUAAUGACUUAGACUUAGGCCUAGCCUAGUAGCCUCUAGAAAUUCUAAAUUUAUCCAUGACAUCUUAUAAUCUGAUUAAUUGUACUUUGGUGGUUAUAUCAUGAAAUCAUCUUUACCAUAAUCUGAACACUAUUUAAUGAAAUGAAAGCCAAAGUGUGUUUCACUUCUUUUUUAUUGUUGGGUUAAUUGUCUGUUUUAGGGUAUCAGCUACUUUACUUUUAUUUUUAAAUUAUUUUAAGGAAUUAAUUUCUGGAAAAUUUGAGUUUGAGGUUUGUUAUACUAGUAUUUUUUAAAUUAUUUUAAAUAAAGCAACAUAUUAUGACAGGUGUUAGAGUUGUUUUAUAUUCUAAAUGUGGGGUUUCCUGAUCAAAUAUAAUUGAAGCGAAAUAAAUAAGACUAAUAAUUAAUAAGUGCUUCUCAAACAAUUAGUAAAUAAAUCAUAUAAAUUUUCUUGAAAACUGAAACAAAUUUUGUGAAAAAAGAUAUUAUCAUUAUAUGUAUAAUAAAUAGUUAUAAAAAUUAUGCAAAUAUCUGAAUAUUUAUACAUUUUUACAAGGCUAAUGUACAAUAUUUUUAAUCCCUUAAAUAAAAGUGGUAUUUUGGUUAUAAAUACAACUUUACAGAUGCACUAACUAACACUUUGAGCACUAAAAAAAUAUAUAACAGACCUGUUUACUAUUACGAUUUUGGCGUACAAUGUACGAUUUUGACACGUCUUUUACGAUUGUACGCCGCGACCCGCCAAAACUACGAUUUUCAGAGGCCAGGUGAACAAAAAAAAAAUUUCCGAUAAAAAAUUAUUAUUUUUUUGUGUGGUUUGUUGAAGUUUUAGCCCUUUCUAAUAAAAAUCUACUGGUGAAUGGAACCAGAAAAACGAUUGGUUGUAAUUUUUUUUUUUUAAAGUUGGGACCAUCCUUCAUAUUAUGUAGGCACUGAGAGGGGAGGUGUGGGUUGUUGAUUUAAGGACAUUUGCGGCACACGGAACGCAUGGGUAGGGGUUGGUCAGAGUGUAAAAGGCUAUAAAAAUAUCUUUGCAACGUAUCGUAUUGAUGGUGAUGAUUGUGUGUCAUGUGAUGAUUGUCAUACUGAUGCUUUGUGUGUCACGUGAUGAUUGUCAUACUGAUGCUUUGUGUGUCACGUGAUGAUUGUCAUACUGAUGCUUUGCGUGUCACGUGAUGAUUGUCAUACUGAUGCUUUGUGUGUCACGUGAUGAUUGUUAUACUGAUGCUUUGCGUGUCACGUGAUGAUUGUCAUACUGAUGCUUUGUGUGUCACGUGAUCAUUAUGGCAACGAACACCCAGGGCGAUGUGGCGUUUAUUCUUGGAACCACUGGGCUGGCCGAAUCACCGUGGUGAAAACCCGUGUCACAUUUUGUUUACUGUAACAUCAUAAUAUACAAUGGAUUUUGUUAAGUUUAGGGGGGGGGGGCUGCUGGUGUUUUAAAGCUCACUGUACCGUACACACAAAAAGGGCGGGGUGGGUUGGGGUGGGGGGUCCCAAUUUGUUACCGGGUAAUUCAUUCUUAUUUUAUUACAUUUUUUUUUAUACUUAUCUGAAGUCAAGUUUGAACUUUCACCUGUGAUUUUUUUUUUUUAUGAAAACCCGUGUCACAUUUUGUUUACUGUAACAUCAUAAUAUACAAUGGAUUUUGUUAAGUUUAGGGGGGGGGGGGCUGCUGGUGUUUUAAAGCUCACUGUACCGUACACACAAAAAGGGCGGGGUGGGUUGGGGUGGGGGGUCCCAAUUUGUUACCGGGUAAUUCAUUCUUAUUUUAUUACAUUUUAUUUUAUACUUAUCUGAAGUCAAGUUUGAACUUUCACCGGUGAUUUUAUUUUUUUACCUGCGACGGACUGGGAUAAUGUGAUCAGCACGUUCACCCAAAUAUUAAUGGAUUUUUAUCUACCGAUACACAUCUGCAAAACAAAGUGACGGCAGUUUACGGCUAACGUCAGUCAUCUACUGUUUACCUACAGUUCCAUAUUUUGACGCCAGCUUAACUCGAUUCCACUGAACACGCUAUGGGAGUGGUUAUUGUAUACAUUAUAUAUACUCUAUUUUUAUUUAUUUACUAUCAAAAGACUGCAUUGUCCGAUUUUGAGACGAUAUUGUACGAUUUUAGGAGUUUGGGGGUAAACAGGUCUGAUAUAAUUAUAUUAAAGUUAAAGGUAUAGUUUUAUAUAGAUAAUAUAUAGAUUUAUAUAUCUCAUUCCUCUCUCUAUAUAUUUAUUAACUUGGUUUAUAAAAAUGUCAAUUAAUUUUCUUUUUUCAAACAAGUAAAACUGAAAUUAAAGAAUAGAUUUGUUUAAAUGUGCCCAAUUUGAGUCAUGGGAAAAAUUUGAAUUUGCAUCGUUACUUUAUACAUGUGUAGAAACUUAUGAAGGUAUUGAUGUUAUUAUUAUAUAAUAUAACUGACUACUGGUGAUUCAAUGACAAGAUUUUUUUUUUCAGGAUAGCACAAAAUACUUAACCUAGAGGCAUAUUAUAGAAACAUAAAGAUGUGAAACAAGUCUUAUUUCUUCGAAACCUAAAGACUACAACGAUUCCUCUCCUUGCGUCUGACAUAACAGGAAUAAGAAUAGUCUUUUGAGAAAUAAACCUACUUGCACACAGUAGCUUAUUUCCACACUAGGAAUUAAAAUGGCAGCACUCAUGGACAUUGAGAGCCUCCAAAGCCCUGAAGUAGAGAAUGGCAGAGGAGGCUUAUUUGAUCCUGAUUUUGGUGACUCUGAAAUGUCUGCCCUAACAUCAAAGGUAUUGAGUUUAGAUAAAAUUAUAAUUAGCCGAAAUCAAUGUUUGAUAGAAAAGCUCUAAAUGAUUAUAUGAGCAUAUAUUUUUGUGUGUCUAUGGUAGAAACUACUCUCAGAGGUAACCAUUGGGUAAGUAAAUGAAAUUGAGUUUUUAAACUGAUUACAAAAAAAAAACGUUACACUUGGUGAAAGCACAGACAAAAACAUUGUCUAUUGAUAUGCACAUUUUUUGCUUUUACAAUUGCAAUUAUUUGUAAUUGUCUCAUGUUAAAAUUACAAUUGUGAAAUAUCAUAAGUAAUCCAGUGUUAGUUGAAUAGUUUGCUGUAUAUACAUGUUAACCUUAUUACACUAUUUAACCAUACAAGUAUUGUUGACCAUCCUGUGCCUUUUUUGAAGUGUAGGGCCACUAAUCUAAUUAAAUGCAUGAUAAAUGACACAUAGUCAUUCAUGAACUUAUGUAUGUUGACAUUUUUAAACUUAAAAGAAGUCAUUAUGGAUUAGUACACUUUACAAGUAAAGGAAUAAUUUUGUUCAAAAUACUUGAUGUGUAAAUGAGAGAAUGUCUCGGUAGAUUUAAUACAAAUUUUAUAUUAUCCUUAAACAUACAUUUUCUUGCCCAAAAAAAUGUCUGCUGCUUGCCAUUUUUCCCACAGGAUGCAACUUGGCACACAUCCAUUUAGUUAGUUAUUGAGUUAUAUAGCCAAACAGUUGUUUUUUUUAAACUUCUUAAAAAUUUUUUGAAAAUUAAAAAAAUGUGGCGUCUUUAUAAUUUUUUAAUACAUGAUAUAAGUUUUCCUUGUGUGGUUUUUACUUUUUACAGGUUACAUUGAUUUUAAGGAAUAUGAUUAUUUGUGUUUGCCUCUAAGUAUAUAAUUUUAUGAUUUUCCAGACUGCCCUUGUAAGUCCAACCAAUGAAGAAUUUGAAGUUCUUCAAGAGGACAUAAGCACAAGAAUUAACGAUACUCAAGGGGAGACCAUUUAUGAAGUUGGGACAGGGGGUAAGUGCAGGCAUUUAAUAUUCUUUUUUUUAAUGAAAAAAGAAUUUUAAUCAAUAAGCAUAUGAGAUAAAUUUAAAUUUAGUUUAAUAUCUUGCCAAAUGUCACUUUUGGAUGAUAAUACUUAUUUUGAAUGGAAUCUAUAUGAUAUAGAUUAAUUAGAAUCUUUAAAAAAAAUUGAUUAAUUUUACUUUAAAAAUUUAUUGUAGUUUAAAACAGGUAAUUUAAUUUUAAAAGACAUUUUUUUUUUAAAUCACAGAUUACGUUUCAAUAUGACACAGCUUAAAAGAAAACAAGAGUAGUUAAUUUUGUGAUGUUUAAGACAUUAAGUGAGCAAAAUGGUACAUAAUAUAAAUAUAAUAUGUUCUUUAACAUAAAAUAAUUUACCAAUUUACAGCUAAUUUAAAUAAUUGCAGUCUUUUUAAUUGCACAUAUGCUUUCCCAGAAGGUGACAAACCUGGACUCAAGGAAGAAGACUAUCUAGCAUCCAUUGCUACCUUAAAGAGCAUAGCACAAUCUUUAGAUCUGGAAUGUGUUUUGCUUAGAGAGAGAACAGCAGAAGAGGGGAAAGUGGCAGAAUUCUUGCUGAGGAAAAGAUUGAAAUGUGAAGAUUUUAUGGAAGUUAGGUUAGUGCAAUAUUAAGACUAAAAGCAUUUUGUGUUGUUGCGAGUUUCCUCAUUUCGAAAGGCACGCAGCUGGAAAUUUUUAAGUAUCAUUUCCUUUUUAAAAAGUAUUUUAGGGCUUUUCAAUUAAUCCAAAAGUAGAAAGGGGUAUAUGGUUAAAAGAGAGUUGGGUAAUACUUUAAAAUGUAUUUACAUAACCUUUAAAGCUUAAAUUAUUCUUGACAGUGCCACUAGUCUCAUUAAGUUAAGAAAUUUUAGUAUAAAAAAAAAAUAAUGAAAUAAAUGAAAUUUAGUUCCAUAAAUUGUUGGUACACUUUCUGAAAACUUAAAUUUUGUUUGUUUUCUUGUGUGCCUGAUAUAGAUACAAAAUUUUAUGAACAGGGUGGCAGUUGUAGGAAAUGUAGAUGCAGGCAAAAGUACAUUAUUAGGUGUAUUAACACAUGGGGAACUGGACAAUGGACGAGGUGUGGCUAGACAGAAGCUGUUUCGUCACAAGCAUGAAAUGGAGUCUGGGCGAACAAGCAGCGUUGGAAACGACAUUCUUGGUUUUGAUGCUGCGGGAGAUGUGGUCAAUAAGCCAGAACAUGGACAUCUGGACUGGAUAAAAAUUUGUGAGGAGUCGGCAAAAGUAAGUUUUAGUUUAUGUACCUCCGUGGCGCUGCUCUGCAGGUGACUCGAUGCAUUAGUACAUCUUUUUCAGCUUUUUUCACAGUUUUUACACGUUUUAUUUAAUUGUGUUUCACUCAAGUAAAAAAUGUAGGUGCUAAGGAGGAUUUUCUUGUGAGUUUUGUGUGUUUCUCUUCGCGGGAAACAGCUUUAAUAUGGACUUUGGAUAUCAAAUAACUCAGACUAGUAUAAAAAUGUCACUUCCGCCAUUUUUGUAAAUUUCCGCCAUGCCAACAGUAAAUGGGGACCGAAUCCAAGGGAGCGGGAUUGGCAAUAUAUGUUUACAAAAACUACUGUAGCAUCAACAACAGUACAGUGAAACAUGUAGUUUGUACACCCGCCAUAGAACCACUCUGCAUCACUUGUAGGCCAUUUUACCUACAUAGGGAGUUCACCCAAAUCUGUAUCAUCCUCUCUUACAUUCCACCUAAUGCUAACAAGUUGCAGGCUAUUGAGAGACUUUUGGAUGUAAUCCAUGAAAACGAAGACUCCGAAAAUCUGAAAUUCAGCGUGCUCCUCCUGAAGUCACAAAUCUUAAUGAGAACUUAUAAGUCCCUGAUAUGGCUAAGAGAAUUCACUUAAUGGCUGUUUUUUUUUCACUAGUGAAAUAAUUUAAUGUGGAUGUCUGGUGUUCAAAUUGUUUUAUUUAUGUGCUGAAAAUGUACAAUGCAAUCAAAAAGCAUUUCCAUUUGUUUGGAUAAAUAAAAGAAUCUUAUCUUAUGCAGUACAAACAUACUUGUACUGUUAAGUCAGUCUUUGAUCUAUUGCCACACUCCUUCCAGUAUACUUGUAAAGUUAAGUCAGUGUUUGAUAUAUUGCCACCCUCCUUCCAUUACACUUAUACUUGUACUGUUUAGUCAGCCUUUGAUCUAUUGCCACACUCCUUCUAUCAGACCUAUACUGUACUGUUUAAUCAUGUAAUCAAUCUUCUUCCUCUAUGUUUUGAGGGCCCAUGAUCAUUCUGGCUCCUAUUGAAUUAUUGCCACACUCCUUCCAUUCCAUGUGUAUUGUACUGAUAGUCAACUCUCGCUUACAGGCACACUCCUUCCAUUCCAUGUGUAUUGUACUGAUAGUCAACUCUCGCUUACAGGCACACUCCUUCCAUUCCAUGUGUAUUGUACUGAUAGUCAACUCUCGCUUACAGGCACACUCGAUUUAACAGAUUCAUAAGGAAAAUUUGAACUAUAAAGUUCGCUCUACAAGCAUAGAUCAUUUUAUUGUCCUGAGCAAACGCUGUCGAAACGUCAUCAAAAUCACCUCAUUAUUUCAACAACUCAUCAGUUAUUUAAUCAACAUAUUUCCUUUUUGUUCAGCUAUGAUAGUUUCUCUUUCCAAUUAUGCCAAAAUAAAUUCAGUGGUUUACAACCUCGUGCUCAAAUUUUGAAAUGUUCCUACUGAUGAAGAUUUUUAAGACUGUAUGUCUCAUGAUGCAAUUUGUAUAAGAUAAUUUGAGAUCCAUGAAGUUGUGAGCUGCUGACUUGAGUAGAAAGCAAUUGGGGUAAACAACUUCUUUCAGCAUUUAAUAGUCCUAUGCUUAAAUCCUUCUAGGUGAUCACAUUUAUAGACCUUGCUGGACAUGAAAGAUAUUUGAAGACAACAGUAUUCGGAAUGACAGGACACGCUCCAGAUUUUGCUAUGUUGAUGGUAAUUUUAACUUAAGAUCUUUUUUUUUUUUACUCGUGCGCCUUAUGCUUGAAAUGUUAAUUAUGAAAUUCUUACAAGAGCAAAAGAAUAUAUUUUUUUAAAAAUAAAUCAUUACUAUUAUGUGUCUUCUGUGUAUGUGAUACGUGGCCCGUGGCCCAUGACAGAUUAGCUAAUAGAAGAGUUUAUCAUAAAUCAGCUUUUAAAAGUUGAGCCUGACUGGCCGUGAGUAGAUUAAGUGGCUUCUUGUAUCAACCUGAAUCUCUCAUCUCAUGGAACUAGAAUCAAAUAGUUUAGAAUUCUGUUACAAUACAUCUUUGAUGUUGACCAAUGGCGAUUGUUCUAUUUGUUACCAACUUGACACCCAUUGAAUUUCUUGUCAGAUUGGUGCCAAUGCUGGUGUGAUUGGCAUGACCAAGGAGCAUCUUGGCCUGGCUCUGGCCCUCAAUGUCCCUGUGUUUGUCGUGGUCACCAAGAUUGAUAUGUGCCCGCCCAACGUACUGCAAGAGACAAUCAAACUGCUGACCAGGAUCCUCAAAUCUCCAGGUUGUCGAAAGAUUCCCAUGUUAGUUCAGAACACCGAUGAUGUGGUUGUGACGGCAACAAAUUUUACCUCAGAAAGGUAAGUGAUUUGCUCGUGUCCCUUUCUUUGAAAUUAUUUCCUCAAGGUUCUAAAUGGUUGAUAAGUAAAUUAAGCUGGACCAAAAAUGUAUGCCUGGCUGUUGGUUUACUCCGUAGGAUGUGCCCUGUGUUUCAAGUGUCAAAUGUGACAGGAGAGAAUCUCAACCUGUUGAAAAUGUUCCUCAACCUGCUGUCUACACGAGUCAAGUGUGAUGCUUCACAGCCUGCAGAGUUUCAAAUUGAUGACACUUUCUCUGUUCCUGUAAGAAAAUGAAACAUUUUUCCUUUUGAAAGUUCCAUUGUGCUCAAAAUAUAUUGUAACCGAUUACAAAAUGCAGUGUAAUUCAUUUGUAUAAUUGACAACAAAGUUUUUAUCAGCUAAUUAGUACCUCAAAAUUUUGACAAAGAUCUUAGUUGAAAGGAUCAAUCAUUCAAUAAUACAAUGAACUGUUACAAUUUGCUUAUUAGCUUCAAGAUUGUUAGUUUGCAUUCAUUUUAAAUGCGGUAACUCUUUGAUUUUCAAGACAUGAUUAAUUUUUUUUUCUCAUAGAGUAUUUUAGUCUUCUAAUUAUUUUAUGUCAGCAUAACUUAUUCAGGCACUAAAUUUUUUUUACAGCCAUUAGUAGUAUUAGUGAAUAAAAUAUUCAAAAAUGUGACUGGCUUUUAACCAUGUAAUGACAUACUUGCUUAUCUCCCUCCCAGGGUGUUGGUACAGUUGUAUCGGGUACACUGCUGCAAGGUUGUAUCAAACUAAAUGAUACACUGUUACUAGGACCCGAUGCUCUUGGACAGUUUCAAUCAGUUCCCAUCAAAAGUAUACACAGAAAACGAAUGCCAGUACGGGAAGUUCGUGGAGGUCAAACUGCCUCAUUUGCUCUUAAAAAGGUAGAGAGUAAUUGUGCUUGUGAUUAUCAAAUCUUUUAAGUGGUCUGUAUUUUUUCUGGUGUCAAGGACAGCAAAACACUGUCAAUGUUCAUAAUGGCAAAGCUCCCUGGAAGUACAUUUUUUAAACUUUCAGAUCUAUGUCUUGUUCCCAUGCACAAGUUUUGAUAAAUUAGCAACUUGAGAGUGAAAUCCACCUGCAGUGAUGAAUGUUCUUAUGUCCCCAGAUCAAACGAGCAUCAAUACGGAAAGGUAUGGUUAUGGUGUCCCCAGCUAUAGACCCCAAGGCCUGCUGGGAGUUUGAAGGUGAGAUUCUGGUUCUGCAUCAUCCAACAACAAUAAGUGUCCGGUACCAGGCCAUGGGUGAGUUUCCCUUGUGACUCUGUGAUGAUCUUCUGUGUUUGGUUGUUAUCAUAACUUUGUCAUGAUCUAUGACCAUUUCUGUGUGUAUUGACUGCAAUGGAACUUUGUUGUUUUUCUUCUUCACUCUAAUUACCAUUUGCAGUCCUUAGUGCUAACAGUAUUUAAGUCACAAAAUUCCCAUUUAUAUUCUUUUCAUCUUUAAAAUUUGAUCAUUCAUAAUUUAAUGCCUUUUCAAAUAAGGGACCUAGAUACUAGAUACAUUUUAAUGUGUUCAAAUUUGUGCAGUGCACUUGGCUAAACCAGAUAAGAAAAUGUCUCAGUUCAGAUUGCCUGGACAAAAAUGUGACUCAAGUACUUUUAGCACUGGUGUCUUCAUUUACUCAAUGGUCUUAACAGAAAUAUCUGCUCAGGAUAAAAAAUAUACAACAUUAGUUGUAAUAGUACAAUAGUCAAUGUACCGUGAUGUUCUAAUGCAGCUAUCUAUGCUACAGAGGCCUAGCUAUAUUUUGCACCAAGGGACAAACUAUAAAAGGGCCCCCCUUGUUUAAUCAUAUUUUUAAGUUACAUUGAAUAAGGAAAACAAUUUAAAUUCUAAUAAAACAUCAUUUUGGCGCCCCUGUGCCUUGGCGCCCGGGGACAUAUGUAACCCCCCCCCCCCCCCCCCCCCCCAAUCGCUAUGCCUUGCUAUGCUACUUUUGUUUAUAUUUUUUUAAAAAGUUAUUUCCCUUUGAAAUUAUUUUUAAAGACAGUGUGCAUAUUGUAUGUGUACGGUAAGUGUGCAGACAACAGUAGUGUAACAUUCAUAGUAAGGUUGUCAGUGUAUAUGUACGUGUGCAGACCGCAUUAGUGUAAUAUUUAUGGUAGGGCUGUAAGUGUAACUUUUUAUUUCUCUAAGAGGGGGAGGGGGGGGGGGAUUAUGAACAUUCAAUUUCCCUUUGAAAAUAGUCAAUGUUAAAUUAAAAAUAUUUCUGUCGGUUUCGCUUCUUUUAACUAAACCCUAGCAACUAACAGCACUUUUAUGUUGUUAAGAUAAGCAGUGAUGUCUGUACAGUGAUUGAUGUGCAAUGUCAACAUACAAGUGCUAGUAGGGAAAGAACAGGAGCCAGAUAAAAAAAAUCUAAACUUUCAUUAAGGGUUGCUUAAAGGGUUUGACAGUUUAUUUUGAGAGAAUGAAACUUGAAUUUAACUUACAGGGCAUGCCCAGUUUAAACUAUUAAUUUCCGUGAAAGACUUAGACAUAAUGCAACAACUGGUGUUUUAUGGACUUCAUUAUUGGAUCUCUACAUUUUGUGAGACUUACUUCCCACCAGAGAUUUAUUUUUCUUUUAUGAUAGUUUGUAUGUUUGUCAUUAAAUGUUUUUUUUUUUUUUUCAUUUGUUGUAGUUCAUGUUGGGAGUGUUCGGCAGACAGCAACAAUCAUAGAUAUGACAGAAGAUCACCUGCGCACAGGAGACAAGGCCACAGUGAGAUUCCGUUUCAUUAAGAAUCCAGAAUAUCUCAAACCUGACAUGAGAAUGGUCUUCCGAGAGGGCAGAACGAAAGCCGUUGGCAAUAUCACAAAACUUUUUCCCUAUGUCAGCGCUGUGGCCCAAAACACGCGGCAUCAGCGGGCGGCGAAAAAAUCUCAGCAAGACGGAGGCAAGCAUUCUGUCAAUCCACAAAAUGAACCACAAAAAGCGAGCAAGAGGAACAGGCGGGCGAAGAAGCUGUCCGAUGUGGAUGAAGGGGAAGGGAAGGAGAGUGUGGUCAAGAACGGCAGCGACACAGGUCUGGGCCCAUUUUCACCAUCGUCGGUUGCAUUGUCGUCGUUAGCGUCAACGUCCACCGCAGCAGCAACUUAGACAUCAAAUAGUUCAUCCCAAUUCUUGUACAGUGUGUAACAUUUGCAUGUUGAGUCUUAUUGAUAAUAUUUUUAGUAGAACUUAAGCCGUCAAACAAUGAUUUAUUUUUAUUGCAAAAUUUUUAGCAAUAAACUAUAGAACAAUCGCCAUGCUCUGAAAGUCAAUUUUGUAAACUCAUCCAAAAGAGCUUGAUCAUCAGUAGUUGUUGUUUUUUUAUAAGUUGAUCGUGCCUUGUCAGUUGAGAAUGUUUUGAACCGCUAUUCCAAAUGCUCCGUCUGUGUUUGCCCGUUUGCUACGUAUGAUAUCUGAUGAGAGAGGAAAGUAUUUAGUUCCCCAUCCAUGCCACCGGUCAAAAUUAUGAGAGAUAGGCCCUUGUUUUUAAAGUUAACUGUCUUCAGUCUAUUUGUUAUUUUAGUCACAUUUUAAAACAUCAGUCUGGACCAAUAUAAAAACAUAACUCUGCCAAAUUAAUUGUCGUCUCAUAACAAAUUUUUUAAAUUGCGGGGAAAAAAAUGAGAAUAAAACCUAUUUAAUGGCAGAAAUUUGACCUUUCAUUUAAAUUUGUUUACCAAUUGAAAGUAAAUUCAUUCGUGUCAUAUGUCAGAAAGAUAUGCAGAUUUAAUUUGUCCAAAGAUCAUAGCUCACUGGGCAACUUUCCUUUGUCUGGUCGGUGAUCUUAUUAUUUCAGUAAAUAUCCCAAAUAGUUUAGUGCUUGUCAGAUUUUUCACUCAGCCUUUGAGACUGGCAUUAUAGAUGUUUAUUUUGGUUUUUGUGUUUAACUGCUACAACACAAAAAUUCCAACACAUUUUUUUAAGUUGAGGCAGCAGGUGUCAUAUAUGCUUAUGAUUUUUUUAUUUUUUUGUAUACAGCGCUUUUAACAAAAACUCUAUUUAAGGUUAAGAUUGUUCAACAGUCCAUAUGAGAUCUUCAGCCAUAGAUGUUGAAAAAAACAACAACUCCAUAUUAAUUGUUUAACUUAAAAAGGGUUGAAUAGUUAAGUAUACUAACUUAUAUUCUCAAAAUUGAAUGUAUUGGAGUGUAGAAAUCAAGUUUUAAAAACUCAAAAAGUGGUAAACCUGAUUGAAGAGUGACCUUGAUUUACACCCAUGCAAUUGAAGCACUCAUAAAGUGAGAUCACCGGUAGUGCUCUAAAGAAAUUUCAAAGCUGGUAUCUUUCAUCGAAUUUUUUUUUUUUUUUAAAAAGUUUUUCCAGAAUUGUGUCUCCUAAACUUGUAAAAUAUCUACUUGUGUGGAUAUUAAAUGUGGGCAUUGGGUCUAUAUGUGGCUGCGGGUGUAUGUGUGUGUCCUGCUGCUUGUAGUUAGAACUCACAUAAUAGGUUAUGGUGUGCUUUUUAUCUUUUUUUUUCUUUCUACUGUGUAUAAUCUUCAAAUACAAAAAUCUUCCGAUUCACUUUAUUUUCCCCAAACAUUGAUUCAAGCUUGUGCCCUGUCCCUUGUCUGCACCCCCCCUCCUCCCCCACCACUAACGAUUCUAACAACACCCCCCCCCUCUCUAAUUCAGUGUUCUUCCUGAUCUCAGUUUAUUAUGUUGAGGAUAUUUUUUUUCUUUCUACUGUGUAUAAUCUUCAAAUACAAAAAUCUUCCGAUUCACUUUAUUUUCCCCCAACAUUGAUUCAAGCUUGUGCCCUGUCCCUUGUCUGCACCCCCCCUCCUCCCCCACCACUAACGAUUCUAACAACACCCCCCCCCCUCUCUAAUUCAGUGUUCUUCCUGAUCUCAGUUUAUUAUGUUGAGGAUUUGAGUUGUCUAACCUUGUGUCUGCUGGAAUAUAUAUCUACCACCAUUUUUACAUAUCUUAUUAUGGUGUGAACAUAUGAGCUAAUUUCCACACACAAUUAAAUAAAUUAGUAUAUUUUCAAUUCUUAUAAGUGGGCAUAAUUUUUUUUUUUUGGCAUAUCAAGAAAUAAGAGAGAGCAUGUAUGUCAUUAGAUUUAUCUGAGAGUUCGGCACGGCCUUUUCAUCAAAUUUUUUCAAAAAGUGUUCCUUUUCUUACACUUACACAUGUGGCAGUAGAUCAAAAUAGUUCAAUAUUUUGUCACAUGAGGUCACCCAAAUUAGGAAGUUCAUUCCAUCAUGAGACUGGGGAAAGGUUCAAAUAAAUGUAACAUUUUCCCCCAAAGUAAUCAAUUAUAACAUAAGUUUUGAAAAUUAAAGUUUCCUUUAAGGAUGAUGCACAGGAGAGUCUGUAAAAAAAUAUAUAUGUACAUGAAAAGCAAAUAAUUAAUUUAGCUAAUCAGUAAAUAUUGUCCAAAUGUUCAGCAAAGUUCUAUAGAACAAUUGAUUGAGUCUUUUGUAAGUGGCUCAUGCGCAUCUGUAAAUUUAUUUUAAUUUUUUUUUCUUGAUUAAAGAACAAUAUCGGGCACUUUUAGCAUCGUGUUAGAUGUAAAUCAAAGGUUCUUGAUUGAAAUGAAAGGGCAAUUACUUCAUUAAUGCUGCUACAUCAUUGCCGUCUGUCUGACUGUGACAGACUGGUUUAGAUAGAUAUUUGUUAAAAAUCUGUACACUUUUAAACUCUGUUGGCCAGCAUUGUGUACAUUUUGCUAGUGUGAUUUUUUUUUGUUCUAGCCGUUUCAAUUCUUGUAGUAUUUUUUUUUAAUACUACAUCCAAGUUUUUAUUGAAAGACAUGAAAAAAGUGGAUCAAUAAAGAUGAUUUGUUUAACACUGGC